GGCUAGCUUGAGUGACAGUCCUGCCAAGAAGCUUUUGACAUAAGGGCUUCAUUUUCCCUGUCAGAGAGACACUUACUCCCAGCUACUGAACCAAAAACAUAGACUGUGAGGGAAAAAAAGACAGCUUUAAGAAACCCCACUCUGCAGAUUCAGAAGCCAGCGAGAAAAUGUCAGAUAGGAAAAACAAGGAGAAGGAAAAAGUGAUGUCAGUUCGGGACAGGAUGAGCCUAUUUCAGACCAGCGACACCGCAGCACCUCUGAGACCGAGCUCUGGGGUGUUCCGCGGAAAAGCUAAGGAAACUCUAAAGAUAAACACCCCUCUACCACCUGCUGAACCUAUAACAAGAGAAUAUCUAAACCCUCAUCACGUUGAGACCUUCUUCAAAACCUUGAGUUCCAUGAAAGAUGACGGUCUUCUCUUGGACAUCACCAUGUCACUGGGGACAGAUACCUAUAAAGUUCACUCCUUGGUUUUGGCAGCUGUGAGCCCUUCAGUGUGUAGGUGGUUUGAAUCUGGAGGAUUAGAUCACACAUUUUCAGAGACAGGGGAACCCGCUGCCAUGUUCUUGGAUGAUAAGAUGACCCAACUGGGAAUUAAAGCUGUAGUGGACUUUGCGUACACUGGGGAUGUUCAUGUAGAUGUUAACAAUUCCAUAGUGGAGGUUCUGGAGGCUUGUAGCUGGCUAGAGGUGGACCGGUUAUCCCAAGUUUGCAGCUGGAUCUUAGAUCCCCCUCAAGAAGAAAAAACCUACCAGCUCUCAUCCUCCAGGGAAAGGCAGGAAACAUUCCAAGCCAUCCAAAAUCUUUGGGAGAAAGGAAUAGGCUGUGAUGUCAGGGUACAGUCAGAUGGACACAGCUUUAAAGCCCAUCGUGUGGCCCUAGCUGCUGGAGGAGAUUUCUUCCGAGCCAUGUUCUCCAGCGGUAUGAAGGAGUCUCUGGAGACCACUGUCCACCUCCCCUGUCUUUCCUCCCCUGUCCUCUCCUCUCUCCUUCAAUUCAUCUACUCAGGGGCUGUCUUGCUGAGCUGGGGCAAUGUCUUUGAGAUCACCGAAGCGGCUCUGCUGUACCAAGUCGGGGGCCUCCUGCAGCUGUGCUUGGACUUCCUCCAGAUAGAAAUCAAUGAAGACAACUGCUUAGACUGCAUGGCUUUUGCUGAAGCCUACGAUCUGGUGGAGCUCAAGGAAUUUGUGGAGCAGUAUAUUCUGAGCAACUUUGAGAAAGUGGCAUCAGUUCCUAAGUUUCAGGAUCUUAAUGGAGUUCAGCUUGUCUACUUUCUGGGCAAAGACUCUCUUUGUGUGACCAGUGAGGUGGAAGUAUUCAAGAUUGUCCUGCUUUGGAUUGAGGAAGACAGAACCCGUCGCUUGGAAUGGGUGGAGGACUUGAUGAAAAGGGUCCGGUUUCUGUUGAUGUCUCCCAAAGAACUAAAGGAGGUCCAAAGAGCAGAGAUCAUGAGGACAAACCAGGGGUGCAAAGAGCUCUUGAAUGGGGCAAUUGCGAGCCUUAGGCCUAAACCAGGAACCAAACCAGUUACCUGUAAGCCACGAACCCCAAACCAAGUGCUGGUCCUGAUUGGUGGGGAUCAUCUCAAUAAUGAUUUCAGCAGGAGGCUGCCAAGUAAUCGUCUCUGGUUCGCUCACAGAUUCUUCAAUGGCGUGGGCCUCGUUAAACACAUAGAUUGGAGGCCGUUGAGCACCAUCCCGGAUAUCCCCAGGUUCCGACACGCUGUGGCAGUGCUCAACAACCAGCUCUAUAUAUUUGGUGGCAGCUUCUACUACGGGGAGCGUGAUAUCUUAAAGUCUGUUGUAAGGUAUCAUCCUUCUCAUGACUCCUGGGAGCAUCUUCCUGACAUGAAUGAGAGUCGGAACUAUUUUGCAGUGGCGUGCGUGGAUGGGGCGAUGUACGCCAUGGGGGGAAACGUGGACAACACACACAUUCUGGACUCUGUGGAGUGCUACACGCCAGGGGACAACACCUGGAGGUUUGUACACCCUUUGCACAUGGCUCUAUAUUCCCAUGCCACAGCUGUGUGGGAUGGAGAAAUCUACAUCUCUGGGGGCUAUGACAGCAACAACAUCAGCUUGAAGUCGGUCUCCCGUUAUCACGCCGUGCAAGGCUGCACCCCGCUGGCUCCUAUGUGCAAUGACAGAGGUGGUCAUGUAAUGGAGGCUAUAGGCAGAUAUCUGUAUGUUGCCGGGGGCUUGAAGCAGCUAUGUGUGGGCUUCUCAGAUCAGUACCUGUGCGAGAGUUAUGACCCCCUGAAGGACGUCUGGACCCCAAUCACCAACCUCCCUGAAGCACACGUCACCCCUGCUUCCACUGUGUUGGAUGGUCAGAUUUAUAUUCUCGGAGGCUUCUGUCACAAGACAUAUCAGGAUUGCCAGUCUAUUCACCGGUAUGAGCCCCAGACAGACCGCUGGACAAACAUGGGCUACAUGCCCAAGGCUUAUGCCGACAUGGCUGCUUGCUUGCUGCUCGUCCCAGCCCACUUGAGACAGGAGCAUGGUGGAAAAAUAUCUACCUAGAUUUCUUCUAUUUUUAUUAAGGGCGUGCAGGACUUACACUUUAAAAUUAGCUUCACUGCCAAAUCACAAGAAGACUCUGGCAGGCUGAAGAGACAUGACAAUAAAUCAGAAAACACAAAAAUGGUUUUAAACAGUAGUUUGUAAUAUCAUUUUUAAAUGUUACUGGUACUGCUGUU